AUGCAGUCUCUGUCCUCCAAUCUGGUCAACCCGAUGCAGGAAUUCUCUCAGCCGGAGUCAUUCCCGCCGAUGGACCUCAUCUCGAGUUCUGGCUGUGACAGUUUCAGCUGUCCGUCGCUCUCUGCUUCGAGCACGCUUUCAUCGGAAGAUUAUACGGAGCUUGAGACAGAUCAGGAUAUAAUAUCUCCACUAUGCUCGCCUUCACUGGAGUCGACGUAUGCUUAUGAUCUUGCUCAUGCACUUUCAAAUUCAAUGGACAAGGCGUCUCUGAAUGAGGCUGGCACUGCUACACCAAGACCUCUCCAAUUCGAUCGUAAAGGCUACUUUCAUGGGCCUGUAAAGGUAGAGGAUGAUGGGUACGAAGGCGGGAACGAGACUGGACGUGUACCGAACUUGUUAGCGAAAAGAAGACUCUAUAGCCUCAGAAAUCGCAAGUCAAGUAUACUGUUUCGGACCAGUCGGGUUGAACAGCCAGUCGAGGAGUACACGUCCGAUAACUUCAAGGUUAUGGCCAUGGCUUGUGAUACUCGUGGGAAUUCUGCUUCUCAACUGCGGAAUGCAAGACCUCACAGCUCUCCGAUGCCAGUGGAUUCUUAUGACCCCGAGAUGGAGGGUGAUUCUAUUCGGAAAGCAGUGCUGGUGAAGACGAGGAGAGCUACGCAAGACAUGGGACUUGGUCGAGAACUCCCGAUAGUUCGCAACGAGCAAUCUAUGCAGCAAGAAGGCUUCAGUACAAAAUCUGAGAAACCUUUGCCGCUGAAUUUAGUUACGGAUUCCUCGUACGUUCUUUCUGACGGACAUGGCCUGGGAUUGCAACGGGCGCCAGCAAAAGCCGCACUACAGCCCAUGGACACGGUUCUGGGAUUCAUGGACUCACCUUCACCCAUUGAUGAAUUGCCGCCUUCAGUUAUAUUUGAAUGGAAUGUUGCCAGCUUGGAAGAGAAUGUCCCAAUCCUGCAGGGUAGGUCUAUUAGUCCAUGCGCAUCCCGGUCCAUCGUCGGCUUAGGAAUUGACAUUCUUGACAGAUCAACCUCCGUAGCAGAGGCCGGCAGCUCUUCCCCACUCGGCUGCGAAGAACACUAUUCUUAG